GAGAGGAGGCGUGAAUGUCUAACUGAGCGUCAUUGGGCUGAAGUUUUCUGCCUACAUGGAUCAUAUAAAUAAUAACAAGUGAGCGUUUUCAAGUGGAGACAUAGGUGUGCACCAAUAGCACAAAGGUAGAGUCGCUAAAAAGGCAGCUGGCUGUUGCUUACACACUUGUUUCGGUCUCUGAAGAAUCAUUAGCAGCAGCAUGUCGGUGGACAGCGUGUUCAGGACCCGCUCCCUCGGUGUGGCCGCGGAGGGUCUUCCGGACCAAUAUGCCGACGGGAAAGCGGCCAAAGUGUGGCAGCUGUACAUCGGGGACACUCAGAGCCGGACGCAGGAGUACAAGACCUGGGUGGUGUCGCUGCUGAGGGAGCACGGGGUGAAGCGUGUGCUGGAUGUAGCCUGCGGAACAGGAAUUGACUCCAUUAUGCUGGUGGAGGAAGGCUUUAAUAUGGUGAGUGUCGACGCCAGUGACAAAAUGCUCAAGUAUGCACUGAAGGCAAGAUGGGACAGACGAAAGGAACCUGCAUUUGACCAGUGGGUGAUUGAGGAGGCCAACUGGCUGACAUUGACAGAAGAUGUGCAAAAACCAGGGGGUGGCUUUGAUGCUGUUAUCUGCCUUGGCAAUUCAUUUGCUCAUUUACCAGACUUUAAAGGGGACCAGAGUGACCACAAGUUAGCCCUUCUCAACAUUGCCAGUAUGGUCCGACCAGGCGGAGUACUCAUCAUUGACCAUCGUAACUAUGACUACAUCUUGGAGACUGGAAAGGCACCUCAAGGCAAAAACAUUUAUUACAAGAGCGAUCUAACUCAGGACAUAACUACCUCUGUUCUGUGGGUGAACAGUAAGCCUCACAUGAUUACUUUGGACUACACCAUUCAAGUGCCUCAGGAGGACAGCCAAAAGGCUCCGGAGCUCAGUAAAUUCCGCCUGUCGUAUUAUCCUCACAAAUUGGAGCAGUUCAAAGGCCUCCUGAACGAAGCUUUCAAUGGCAAACUGGAACACAGCGUCUACGGAGAUUUUCAGACAUAUGUCCCAGGACAUUCCAAGGCCCCCUGCUACUUCAUCCAUGUCUGUAAGAAGACGACUUGAACUUGACCAAAUACAAGUCCAUUAUGAAGACGUUACAUUGCAGGUUUGGGUGAAGCAGGGAUUUCGAAAACAUUUGAUCUUAAAAAGAGACUUUUGGUAACACUGUAGUGUAGGCCAUAUUGAAUUUGAUGUAGUUGCAGUACAUUAAGAAACAAUCAAUAGUUUGUUUUCGUCAUUACACGCACAAAGCAUGACCUGAAGUUUAUACCAAAUCAUAUUUGACCAAAUAUAUUGUGAGCCCUUUAAUCUGAAAAUAUACACUAUUUUGUGUGCUUUUGCCUUAGGAUUGUUUGAAAUGUAAUUUUACCAUAAAAUGGUGCUAAAAAUUGUGGAUAAGUUCAUUUUAGGAUAGGUUGUGCUUAUAUUUUUAAAGUCUUACAAUCAAUACAAACGUAGACUCGCCUACCUAAGGAUGACUCUGCAACUUCAUGUUUUGGCAGGGCGUCUUGUGUAGUUUUUUGUAGAUUAGCCAAACCUGUGUGCCAAGUCACAGUGACAAAAGACUAGCCUUUAUUGUGCCUAAAUCAUUUCCUUAGUUGCAGACCAAUACCUUUCCUGAUCCAGUUAACAUAUUCUCAUUUACCUUUUAAUUAAUGGAACUAUUGGGAAUCUUAAGUACAGGUACUAAAACAGACAGCAAACAGUAUUACAAUGUUUAUGUCAGGAUGCUUGUGCCAUUUUAUGUAUAGAAUUUAUAACAUGUCAUUAUAAUUGAUACAUUCUGGUUGCCUUAUGUUGCCUCUAGUACUUUUCCAAAGAACACAAUGCAUUCUACAGAUCAGGAUGGCCUUUUAAAGGUACGAACUUUAGGUACGAAUGUGACUAUGUUUUCUUGUUAGCUAUAUUUAGAAAAAAUAUAAUUUCAAGUCUUAUUUGAAGUUUUAAGUUUUGUAAAGGAAAAUGACUGGAACAGCAUGAUAAAAACCUUUUAAAACC